CGGAAUGAAUUAAUUAAUGCAAUAAUAGUUGCGGUUUAUAAUUAAAUAGUUUGAUAAAUAUUAAUUAUUAACGAAGUUUUUUUUUAUUUAUAUUAGACUUUAUUUGUGGAAAAAGAUGCGACAAGUUGAUAUAUUUUUGUAUUACCAAUGAAGGAACGUUAAAUUAGAGGAAAUGGAAAGAAAGGCGUGCUGUGGUUGUGCUCAAUGUAUGGUGCGCGUCGCUUCUUUUUUCUUACAAGAAAACAAGUCAUCCACUGUUUGUUAUACAGUUCGUACGACAUUUUAGGCAGGUAGAGUAACGUGGGUACGUUAUUGUCAAUAAUAUUCAGUUAGUUUCACAAGGAGAAGUAAAUGACCGUGAGCAAUUGAACGCUACAAUACCGCGCGCGAAUCUCAGGAAAAAAAAAAAGUGAUAAAAGCGUAAACACUUUUGGUCGAAUGCAUCAAUGAACAAAGGCUCUGCGCAGAAAAAGUGUAUAAUUUGUCAACAGAUAUAAAGGAAAAGUGUGUUUUUAGAAGAAAUAUUGUGGAAAAAGCGAAGACGAAAUUUUGUACAUGAACUGAGUGUGAUUAAAGUGCGCGCGCGUAUAAACGUGCCACCAGUUUCCUACGGGUUACCGAACGCUAACCAUCAUUUUGCGUACAUCCAAUUGUUCUGUAAAAUUUGCUUGGGCAAAGAAAUCUUUCGACAAACAUUACGCUUAACUACGCGCGUGCGAAAAUAACGUACCUAUGAGGACCUCGGCGAGCCACAUAAGGCAACAAGCUUUGAAGGUAGUGGAGAGUUUAAAGAAAGGAGGCCUACGUUUGCGAUGAGUAUGCCGACGAAAGGGAAGCAUCACCAUCUGCCCCAUCAUCAACAUCAUUCUCAACCUCAUCAUAAUCCGUCACAACAUCAACCACAACUUCUAGUGAACGUCAAUCAACCAAGUGUCCAUUCGACCCAAAGUUACAACACCGUGGUUACGAGCAAUACUCCACGUUUUAUACCUAAUGCAGGCGUGCCAGUAACGUUGGAAAAAGAAGAAAAAGUUACAUCAGGAAGAAUGGUUUCGAGAUAUGGCGUCUCAAAGGAGGCGCAGUGGGGUGUUGCCGUAGGUGUAGGACCUAUGCAUUGUCCCCCACAUUGCGGAGGGCCCCAUCACCAGCACCAUCUUUCGGCCCCUCAUCCCCAAAAUCCACAGCCAGGUCACAAUCACCACGUGCAUCCGGCCCAUCAACCAUCCACCCUCGCCGGUCCCCACUUGAAUCAUCAGCUGAGCCAUCAUCAAUUGACUGUCAAUAUUAACCACCUGAGUCAUCAACAGCAACAACAGCAACAAACUCAGCCACAAGCACCACCGCAAAUGCGAGUCGUCACUGCAAACGCCAGAUCAGACUUUCAUGUAUCUGGACAAAAUUACGGCACCCAACCAGGGGGCCAGGUGGGUGGGGGAGGGGGUAGCGUAGGAGUACCUGGGGGCAGAGGACCUCCACCCCUCGGCGGGUUACAGUCGAUAGGACAAUCAGGAGCAGGAAUACCGCCAGGAGGUCCUGCUGGAGGACAAGCACCGCCUCAAACCUCGGCACCCGGGGUACAGUCGCAACAGCCGCAAGGUCCGGCACCUACUACAACGCCCCCCGUACAUACCCCCUCGCCACAGGAAAUGGGAAAACAAGCUCAUUUACAACCCCAACCCCAACCUCUGUCACAAGUAUAUGGGCCAACACAAACGAGGCCGACGUCACAAGGUUAUUACCCCGGUCCGAGACCGCAACAACCAAGAGGUAUUAGUCACAGAGGUGGUCAAGGAGGUACUGGUGCACAGGUAGUGGGGAUGUCUGGUGUUGGUGGAGGCGGAGGUCAACCAACUGCGAUUUAUCAUCCAGGUGGUUUACCAGUUCAAACUGGAGCAAUGUAUCAAGUCCCUAAUCUUCAUCCUAGUCCUCAUCAGCAGUCCGUAUUCGCAAUGAACAGUCAAAUACCCCUUCAGGUAGUAUUUGGUGGUCCACCUCAAAGACAUCAAACGCAUCAAAAUCAGUCAUAUUUUCCACCAUUUCAACACUCUGCCAUUAUAACGGCACAAAAUAUGUUUGGAUAUGGUGCUCCUGCACCAACUCCACAACCUUAUUUUUGGCCCGCUGGUCAACCAACAAAUACGCCACUAAGUUUAAGUAGACCAGGUGCAAGUGCUGUCACUGGUGGGGCACAACACGUUGCAGGCCCGCUGGCCAGUGCCCAAGGGGCUCCAGUAGUACCUCAGGGUACACUUCAGCAACCUACGCAACAAGCUCAGCCUUUACCUCCAAUAGGUAUAUCUCUUUCACAGACUGAUAUGUACUCAGGCCAUAACGGUGGUGCAAGUACGACGAAUAGGACACAAAAUCUCGGAAAACCAGAGGGCAAAAAUGCUAUUACCGAUAUCGUAGAUCCGUCAACUGGUAAAAAUAUAGCCAUGAAAUUACAGGAUAACGAAACAAUUCAAAGUAGUGAAUCUAGCAUCGCGAAACACCUCAGCUACAAAAACAAUGAUGCUGAGGUGCAAGCCGACUUUGCAGCCCAGGUUGCAAAAACUCUUGCAAAAGUCGCGACCGAAGAGUCUACUUCUGACUCUACGGUACCGACCUGUGUACCAAUCACAAACACAAACACAUCGACAACUCAAAAUGUAACACAAAGUUUGUCGAAUUCUCAAACAAAUUCUAAUAACGACGUGAACAUCCAGUGUAGUACCACUUCAACUGCAGCGCAAAACGUACCUAACGUAACCGCAUUGUGUAGUCAGUCGUUAGGUACUACUAAUAACGUGACUCAAAUAGACUCUUGUGUAGUGAAAACGGAGUCUAAACCGUUACAAAUUCCCGUGAAGGAAUUUCAACCUCGUGGCGAAAUAAAAACUGUGGUGAUUGAGGAUCCACCACCGCCUGUACCACGUAAUGUAAAUAAGGAUGAUAUUUCUGCGCAGCUACUUUCCACAACGGCAACUGAAGUUGAGAUGAAGAGUACGAGUGUCCCAUCUAUCGCAACACAGACAUCAGUUCCCCCUGUGACUACGUUACCAAGUACAAACGUUCCGGAGAUUCCAAAACCGUCCACCACUGCCCCAAGUACUAAUCCCGUUCCUGCCAGAGAACUGUUCCCUAAUUUAUCCAAUAAAAAUUCAUCGAGUUCACCACCCAGAAGAAAAUCUCAGACUUACACUCAUAAUCAACCUGCUACUGCAACAGAGCUGCCUUCCAGUGCCAAAGAACAGAAAGAAAAGAAAACGAGGGAAAAGAGUCUUAGUUCUAGAGGCACUACCCCUACGCCAGCUCACAAUCAAACAGAUCAUCAUGUGAAAACCAAUGGUGACGCGACUACCGAUAAGCCAGAACCUGAAGCAGCGCGAACUGAAGUGCAGCAACAAAAAUCAUCUGAUGGUAAAGCCAUGCAGAAACAAAAAAGUAAAAAUAAACUUAAACCUCGUGAACUUAAUCGCAAAGGAGCGGAGAAAGAAGGCACAGAUAUGGAUGCUUUCGUAAACACGGUACCUCCAGCGAAAACCGAGGCGAAACAAGAGAUUAAGGAACCUUUGCCGGUAAAGGACAGCAAUAAGGAAGAAACCAGUCGUGAAAUAACGAAAGAUAUUAAGGAAAAAGAUAAUUAUGAAUCGAAGAAGGAGAAAGAAAUUUCCUCGUCUGUUCAUACGAAAACGGAGAAACAAGUAACUCCUUCGACACCUGAAAUUCCUAAAGAAAGUACUACUCCUGCGCAAGCGCCUGUUUUGGAAAAACUGUCGGGUAACAACGAAACAAUGAAAGAAUCUUCGCCAAAAAUUGAAGACACCAAUAAAUCAAAUGCAUGCAACGUGCAAGUAAUAAAAUCAGUUCCUAACGAUGUUGUUGAUCAUGCGAUAGUUAAAGAGGAGUCUGAGGUAGAAGCAAUAGUAGCACAAAAGAACGAAGAAAAUUCAAAGGUUUCGGCAGCUCGAAUACCUACCGAGGAAAAACCACUGCAAGCAUCUUCUCCAGUUAUUGAAAAAUCAGUGGAAAACGAAACUUUGACUGAAAUUGAAACAACCAGCGCUGUCGCCGCCACCACCGCUACUACCACAACAACAACAUCAGCAGCAACAACACCAGUAUCAAAUCAAAUAACACUAAAAUAUAAAUACAAUGACUAUCAAUGGAGUCCCAUAAAUAAAACCGGUAAAAAAGUUUAUGACCGUGAAUUUUUAAUGAAAUUACAAAAUGAUCCAAGUAGUAGAAUUAAACCAUCGAAUCUACCAGACUUAGAUGUUGUUUUGAAAGACAACUCAAAGGCACGUACGACUGUUGAUCUUAGACCGUAUAAGGAUACAAAUAUGAAUAGACCGGAUGUUUUGUUCCCUAUGUUUAUCAAAGUACUUCUAAUACCGAGCGGUAGGUUGAAAAAGAAACAGAUUGAAAAAAUAUAUAUAAUUAUUUUAACGAUCAAACAACCAACGAAUCGUAAUAAGAGCCAUUCAGGAAAAUCGUCAAAGCCAACGAAACCAAAUGUUAUUCACAUGUCGUUAUCUCUCAGGGAAGAUGUAAAAUUGAGGGAAACUGAAAAUGCAUGGAGACCAACAAGAUUAAAACCCAUUAGUCUUACCGAAGAGGAAGCAAAGACAGAAGCUCUGUAUAAAAGAGUCAGAAGUGUUUUAAAUAAACUUACACCUCAGAAAUUUAAUACCUUAGUCGAUCAAGUACGGACGUUAAAUAUCGAUACUCCGGAACGUUUGCAAGGUGUUAUCAAUUUAGUUUUUGAAAAGGCUGUCGAUGAACCAAGUUUUUUCUGUAGCUAUGCAUUAAUGUGUAAAGUAACUUGCUAUGAUGGAGUGUCAGGUGGAGGCGGCACCGUUGGAGGAGGUGGUGGAGGAGGAACAAGAAUACUCAUUUAGUUUCAAAAGCUCAUUAUUAAUCGUUGUCAAAUGAAUUUGAAAAAAAUCCGAUGUAACGAAGUGACAAGAGCUGCGAAACUUAAAGAAAUCGACGAAUGUUCGGAUCCUGAAAGGAAAAAAGAUUUGCAAGUGCAACUUGAGGAAGAAGAACGUCGCAUACGUAUAAAAUCCGUAGGAAAUAUACGAUUUAUUGGUGAACUUUACAAACAAGGAAUGUUAACAACUACAAUCAUGCGUCGUUGCAUAAAAGAAUUAUUAAAUCAGAAUGAUGAAGAUAGCCUUGAGUGUUUGUGCAAAUUGUUAACCACUAUUGGAAAAAAUUUGGAAAGAAAAGGACCUGCUGAUGAAAUGCAAGAUUAUUUUAAAAUGCAAGAUAUAGUUUCACGACGAAACCAAGGAAAAAUUAGCUCCAGAAUUCGAUUUAUGCUGCAAGAUGUGAUAGACUUGAGAGCAAAUAAGUGGGUUCCAAGGAGAGAUGAAAGUAAUCCCAAAACAAUUGAUCAAAUUCAAAGGGAAGCAGAGUCUGAAAGAUUAGAUAGCCAAUAUAAUACUCCCUUGAAUACACCUCGAAAAGAUGAUCGUACUAAUGAUAGAAAAAGGAAUCGUGGUAUUGGUCAAACUGAUGAAAGUGGUGGGAGUCAGCCAAUAAGAACAAGACAGACAUACUCUGUUGAAACAGCCAAGCUUAAAAAUAAACCUCCCCCUAUGGAUGAUCUACAAUUAGGAAGCAGAAAUAUGUAUAUGUGGAAAACGCUUUCAAGUUGUGGUUCAACAGCAAUCAAUUCAAAUAAGUUUGCAUGUUUAGACAAUGUAUCAACAUUAGAUCAAGAUAAACGAAUGCCAUCUCCACAACUCUCUGGGUCGAGAUCCACUGGUCCAAGAGAGUAUGGUCGUGACUACAAACCUUCCUAUGAUGGUAGGGGUUCACGUAAUGGUAGUCAUCAGUUAAGCAGUUCGUCGUCGAGUAGAGAAAGCUCGUUAUUAGAUAGUUCACAAAGUCAAAGUGUUUCCAUGCCACCACCAUUGAAAUCCUCACAGUCUACUACCUCUAAUAGUCAUAAACCUCCAAUGAAUGAUGAAGAAUUUAUGAAAGUGUUGAACAAGAUAUUUAAAGAUUAUCUCAAAAAUCUUAAUAUUGAGAAAGCUGCAUCAGCUAUACAACAGAACUUCGAUAGUACGCUAACCAAAUUUAUACGUGAAUUAAUUAAUUUCGUUCUCGAGAAAUCCCCUAUUGACAGAGAACAUGUUUCACAUCUUAUGUCGCAUUUAAUCAGUCAGAAAAUUUUGCCUUUACAACAUCUUAGAAAUGGGUUCAUUGAGAUACUGGAAUUAGUUGAUGACCUUUUACUUGAUAUACCCAAAGUUUGGUCAUAUUUGGCAGAGGUAUUAGCACAUCCUAUAGAAGAUGACAUACUUCCUCUAUCAGAAUUGAAACCUAUAUUCGAUAGUUUAAGAAGUCGAGGUUAUGUAGGCAGAUUUCUUGGAGAACUGCUAUCAAAAGUAUCCCGAGAUAAAGGACCCAAAUGGGUUGCAGAUAAAUGGGACCAAAGUGGACUUCAGUUGAGCAAUCUAAUUGAUCCAGAACGUGAAGAAGUUGAUAAAAUUGUUAAUGAUUACAACUUAGAGUUCUGCACUGGUGAUUAUAAUAGUGCCAAAAGCUCAACUAUUAAUCAGCCCACGUUACAGCAAAGUCAGAAUGAACUUAGAAGACUCAUGAAGGAUAGUAAUUUCGAUGUAAUUUGUGAUUGGAUAAUUGCAAAUAUAGGUAACCGAGUGAAAGAGCCUGAAUUUAUCCGAGUAUUAACGACUGCCAUUAUAGAGACGUCCAUGGAGACAGUUAACAACAAGUGGACUUUGAACACUGAUGUUUUCAUUAAUUUGCAACAAUUGAUUCGCCGGUUCGUUGAUGCAAAUGAAUUCCUGGAAUUGCAAUGCCUUUAUGCAAUUCAAUUACAUUUGCAUCGUUUGCAAUAUCCACCUGGAAUUCUCUUCGAUAUCAUGGCAAACUUGUCGGAAAAUAAUAUGAUUUCAAGCGACGCGUUCCUGACGUGGAAAAGGUGCCCCGAACCAGCCCAACGUGAAUGGCAUGGUGUUGCAACGAUGUUGCUAACAUCGUUUUUCACUGGUUUACAAGAAGCCGAUGAUGCUUCCAGUGUAGAAGACGUAUCGACUAGCGCGCCCCAAGAACGUUGUUGACGAUACCGUGAUUGAAUUCAUUAUCGUCUAUUAAAAAGACUUAAAUAUACGUUCCCUCGUUAAACAAAAGAAGAUACGCGAAGUGAGAUCAAAUUGCAGUUUUUUAAAGUAAAACGUCGUAUAUGUUAAAAAAAAACAAUGGAGUGAUAGUAGUGCGCGGGUGUAUGUAUAAUAUAAUCUAGAACUUCGAAGAACAUGAAGUGGAAGAUAAUAAAGAAGGUUGUCAUAUAAAAACAGACACAAUGGCUGAGACCGCUAUACAUAAUGAAGAUAAAGAUUAAUUAUUAAUUAUGAUACAAAAGUAAAUGCGAGAUAAUUAUUAUAUAUAAUUCAUUGAAAUGGUUUAAAGUUUAAAUAAAGCAAAACAAAAACCAACACGAGAACAUUAAUCGUAUUUCUUAUGUCUUUUGAAAUGUCACUGCAACUUGUCAAUCGCCAAAUAAAAUUGAAAUUUAUCAGUUCUCAUUUGUGGCUUAAUAUUGGCAAAUCAUAAAUGCUAUUUGCAUUUUACCAAGCGAUAUCGUAAAACAGCCGGUGUUUGCCGUAUGACUUAGAUAACAAAUUACAGACCGCAGGUGUGUAUAAGUAGGUCAAUUUUAAGUAAAAUAAAUUUGAAAAAAAAAAUUAUACAGAAAGAAACUAUUAAUAACCAAGUCUGAUUGAAGGGCGACGGUUCUUCCUAUUAUUAUAACAAAUAUAACAGAAUUACUAAUUUAUAUCUUUGCGAA